AUGUGGGUUCCAAGCGCUGGUGUCGCUCUAUGGCUUCUUCUCGCAAGCUCUCGUCAAGUUGAGGCAGAUUGUACUGGUACCAUUUCCGUCACGGGUACUGCCCUCGAGAUUCACAACCUACAAGGAAAUCAGUACAAGCAAGAAGUUGGAAAAAUUGCAUUCAAUCUAGACAUGGCCGGUAACCUGAACCUGACAUCCAUAACCCCGACUUGGCACUGUGGUCCGUUGAUGAACUUUGUCAGCUCAAACGCUACACAAUCUAAGGGAAAAGAUAAACCCAAAGAAGAGCCUCAACCGAUUCACAACGUUGGUGCACAGCUACAUUGUUACAAUGAGCCAGUAGAUGUCGACGCUACCUGGGAAUCACCCUGGAAGACAAUCGUCUUCUAUGGAUCAUUAUUCAUUGAGCUUGCUUCUGAUGGAAACAGCUGCACCAAGCCAGCCGAUAUAGUUCUCGACUAUAGUAGGUGCAGUUAUAACACCACCACGAUUACCGGUAGGAAUGCAACUGGGAUCCCAUGCGAAUGGACAGCGGUUGCUGCCCCUUAG